AUGCCCAACAAUCCGCCGCGGACAGACCUCCUCGCUGCCACACGCAGUCCGCAUGCCCCGCUCUUCUACUUUGUAAAUGGCAUGGCACACCCGGACGAGGGCGGUCUCUUGGACGGCUCGGCGUUCGAGAUCUUGGAUGAGCCCGACGACACCAUCGUGCGCCUGUACGACACCCACAUGGACUCCUGCGAGGCUGUGUGGGGCGGCGGCAUGCUCACGCCGUCCCCACCACAUCCAACCACAUCGCACCAGGACUCUCCCUGCCCCCCACCCGCGUCCGCCGCCGCUUUUGCCGCCGCUCAGCCUUACACUCACCUGCCCCGGCACUUCACCAAAUGGGACGUCACGGUAGAGAACGGCACCUCGCCCCAGUAUACAUCUUCCCCAGCGCGCCAGGCGCCCCGCAGGUCGACGUUUCGGGCUGGCGCUCAUUCGUCCCGCGGCCGCUGGGACGACGGGGGCAAGGUGCCGGCAGCGUACCCGCGUGCCGCCAGGCGUCUACAGUGA